GCGGCUCGCAGCGAGGCCGUGUCGGCAGCCGCGCGGGCCUCCCUUAUUUAACAGUCCGAUCGAUCGGUACCCGACCGGACGCAAACGAGAGCCAUCGUGUGGCGCUUUGCAUUGCACGUGCAAGCACACGAUGGUGCCUGUCGGGAGCGACGAAGCGGACAUGGCGGCGAUGGACGGGGAGUGCUCGCCGCCGGCAGCGGCGGCGACGCGCAGCGGGCCGAGCAGGAGCCACAGCGAGGCGGAGAGGAAGCGGCGGCAGCGCAUCAACGCCCACCUCGCCACGCUCCGCACCCUCCUGCCCGCGGCAUCCAGGAUGGACAAGGCGGCGCUGCUGGGGGAGGUGGUGCGGCACGUGCGGGAGCUGCGGGGCGAGGCGGACGCCGCGGCGGCGGGAGCGGCCGUGGCUGUCCCGGGGGAAGGCGACGAGGUCGGCGUCGAGGAGGGCCAGCACUGCUGCUGCCACGGUGCCGGGGAGAGGGCCGCCACCACCAGGCGCGUCAGGGCGUGGGUAUGUUGCGCCGACCGCCCGGGGCUCAUGUCCGAGCUCGGCCGCGCCGUGCGGUCCGUCAGCGCGAGGGCGGUGCGCGCGGAGAUCGCCACCGUCGGCGGACGGACGCGGAGCGUCCUGGAGCUGGACGUCGGCGAGGGCGCGUCGUCGUCGCGGCCGGCGCUGCAGGCGGCGCUCCGGGCCGUGCUGCUCAGCCGGGAGGAUCUGCUCGCCACCGAGUGCUACAAGCGGCAGCGCUUCUCGGCGCACCUCGCCAGGGUUUAGUAGGACACUGCCACCGUAGGAGUGGGUGGCCUGAUGGGAGACAGGAGGGAAAGGAAAGGACUGUGUGACAUGUCUGCUACUUUUUUUAGUUGUAACAUGUGAAAUAUCACAAUUUCCAUUCCUACUCAUUCCAAUUGGUUUUGCAAAUCUUUGAGCUCCAUCACCAAGAAUCCGAGAGCAUUGAAAUGAUAACACCAACAGUUGCAAAUGAUGUAUAAUAUUUGUACCUCACAGUUACAAUGAUACAACACAUGGUACAAAUGUUACAAUUGCACACGGUGACGCCAAAUGCGGCGACCAUUACAUGCAUUCGUCGUAUGAGUGAUCUUCUAGCUUAUUCAUAAUUCCUUAAUGGUUUCAAUCAGAAAACAACAUACAAGUAGUUGGAUAAAAUUCACUUUGUCCCCGGCAGUUCGACAGACUUUCACUUUGCUACCAUAUUGUCCAUUGUGUUGCACCUCACUCCAUUAGAGUCCCUGUAUCAAAUAACUGCUAUAC